UUGAAUGAGAGGGGCUCGGCUCUUGUAGCUGACAUUAGCAUUUUAGCUCAGAAAGAGCGCAGAUCUUUUUUAGUAGUUAUAAUCCUACAGUUUGAUGAUGGAUUAUUAAACCCUGGAUACGUUGCUCGCAGACUUACAAAAUGACAUGAUUGUAAAAUAAUCAACAGCGUGUAAAAGGUGGGGUUCCUCUGUGGCUCUGGUCGGUGAUCAGGAUGCAGCAGAAGAGGAACAUUCAGAUCAUAGAAUGGGAGGAUCUGGACAAGAGGAAGUUUUACUCUUUUGGCGUCUUUAUGACCAUGACCAUUCGCGCCGCCGUCUACCCCGCCACGCUCAUCCGCACGCGCUUACAGGUGCAGAGGGGCCGUUCCCUGUACAAUGGCACUUUUGAUGCAUUCGUGAAAAUCGUGAGGAGGGAGGGAGUGCGGGGCUUGUACCGCGGCUUCAUGGUCAACACUUUCACGCUGAUCUCAGGUCAGGCGUACAUCACGACCUACGAGGUGGUCCGCAAGUACGUCUCUCUGUACUCUGACGACAACACGCUCAAGUCUCUGGUGGCGGGCGGCUCGGCGUCUUUGGUGGCCCAGAGCAUCACGGUGCCCAUAGAUGUGGUGUCGCAGCAGCUGAUGAUGCAGGGGCAGGGGGAGCACCUGUCGCGUUUUAAGGUCCCUGCCCCCCCGGACACUGAGAGGAGUAAGAGGGUCUUCGGCCAGACCAGGAACAUUAUGAGACAGAUCUUUGUGGCGGAUGGUCUGCGGGGGUUUUACAGGGGAUAUGUGGCGUCUUUACUCACCUACAUCCCCAACAGUGCGGUGUGGUGGCCUUUUUACCAUUUUUAUGCCGAGCAGUUGUCUAGAUUGGCGCCCUCUGACUGCCCUCACCUGCUGCUGCAGGCUGUGGCUGGACCUCUGGCUGCUGCCACUGCCUCCACCGUCACCAACCCCAUGGAUGUGGUCCGAGCGAGAGUACAGGUUGAAGGCCGGAGCUCUGUGGUGGACACGUUCAAACAGCUGAUCUCAGAGGAGGGUGUCUGGGGCCUGACUAAAGGACUGUCUGCUCGGAUCCUCUCCUCUGCUCCCACAGCCAUAGUCAUGGUGGUGGGCUAUGAGACCCUUAAGAAGCUGAGUCUGCGUCCGGAGCUGGUGGACUCCAGACACUGGUAACACACACGGGGGACCAUAUAUGGACCACACACUGCUGUUUCACCACGCACUGAAACAGAACUGGAACAGGACUGGAACUGGGAACAAAGCCAAACUCCUACUGAUUACCUCUGUACAUGUGAGCUGUAUUCUGAGAUUCAACAGAGCUAAACAGUACUAGAUUACCAUCGGUUCUGGAAGUAAAAAAAAAACAACCAACAUCACAUUUCUAAAAGACCAUUUUUCACCUUGUCUGAUUAAUAUUUUUAUAAUAGGUUGGCUUUACGUGAUCUAAACAGCCUAUCCCUGGGAUUACAGAAUUAUGAGAUAAAAUCUGUGCUGUGGCCUUUGCAAUUUAAAAAAAAAAAUUUAAGAAAUUAUCUUAAAAAUGGCGUCAAUAAAUUGAAAAAAAAACAUGUAAGUGAAACCCAUGAAUAGUUUAAAAUGAAGGUGGAAACAAAUUAACUAAAUUUUUUUCACUAUAGCUUCAAAAUGUGAUCUCAUGAUUGUUGUUGGUUGAAAGAACUUUAUUUACUUUAUUAAAUUAAUCUGUAACAAAAAUGAAAAGGUUCAACAUGGGCUUUCUGUUAUAUUUCCAUUUUCUUAAGUUUUCUUAAGUUACAUUAAAGUGAUAAUAUGCAACUUUCUGGAGAUCUGAAAGUCACGAUUCCACGAAAAUAGAAAAUUAAAACCAUACUUCAGAACAGUCAUUAUGAAUAUGGAUAUGUUUUAUGCCAUACUAUGGAUUAUUAUCGCCACGGGAAACGAGCAGGAUAAGGCAUGAGUCAGGUUUGUAGUAAGCAUCAGUGCAAUAAAUUCGACCAUAAUGUAAAAUUUGCUUUUACGUUGUUAUAUUUUAUGAUCACGUGUUGCACUGUAGCUUUUUUUAAAUGAGCAAGAUAAACAGUAAAUUUUUAUUCCAGAACUAGAAGUGCUUCUGUGCUCACCUUAAAGCUCCGUGUGUAUGUGCAUGUGCUGUGAAAACAUUCUCCGACGGGGGCAGGGAGAUACUGUUUUUGUGUUUGGAUCAUGUGGUGAUCUGUUCCUCACCUGUGGAUUUAAGAUGCUCCUGCCUUCCAUCUGAAAUCUAAAUAUUAUUAAAUUAUUAUGAAUGCAAAUGACAUUCUGCAAAAUGUAAAAAUAAAAUGCUAUAUUAUUUUGAUAAACUAACACUGGACUGUCACCCUAGCAUUUGUGACCAAGAAUUUUAGUUAGAUGGAGUGAAGAUAAGUAACUUUUUUUGGAAUUCUCAGUCUUAUAAAAUGUAAAGGGCAUAUUGAUAGGUUUUCACGUUUUUCUAAUUCUGACUGACUCAUAUUUAGCUUAGUUUUAAACCAGGUAAGUGGAAAAAACUUGAAGAAAAGGAAGUAGUGCUGAAUUCAUAAACAGAAUCUCUCUACCAUUGUCAUCAACACAGAACAUAGGCUCUAUUCACGCUUACCUGAAGACGUUUGGAAACAUGCGGAUGACGACUUCUGGUGUAGUUCCACUGGGCAUGUGAUAAAACCAGGGAUUCUGCAGCAGCGUCUUCACAACCUGCCAAAGCUUUUCAUGGGGAACAGGACUUUAAACGUAGCUUCCAUGUCACUUACAGGCAGCUGGUUUAGGGUGAUCAAAACCUGGGACACCCCCGGUUUUGGGCCGUUGGUAAUAAUAAAAUAGUAAAACGAGUGCGUAAUUAAGGAAAACUGUUCUGCACUCGGCCCACUGAUGGCUUACUGUAUAUGUGAGUCAGUAUAGUCACAUUUUCUUUGUGUUUUGGUCAUUUUUAAGCAGCUUUUCUGUAUUUUACCUAAACAAAUGACAAUGUAUGCCUCUCUUUACUGUUGGCAAGGAUCAGAUUGGUCAAAAAUAGGGAUAUCCUGGGAUAUUUCUUUAUAAAACUGGGACAAAUCAGAGGUUUUGUAUAAAUCUGCUGGGACAGGGGAGACAGAGUUGAAAACUGGCACUGUCCCGGGUAAAUAGAGACAUCUGGUCAUCCUAAGUUGGUUGUAACUGUUGAUCUGCCGAACAUAAAGUAGAACGCUACAAAGACCUUUUUUUUUUCUUUUUAAUUAAGUUGGACAAAUUAUAAUCCACAAAUGAAUAGGCAGUUUAUAAAAGAAAAAAAAAGAAUACAAUAACAUCUAGAUGAAGAAAACUGGGCCAUUUUCUCAGUUCUCCCAGAUUGGCUACCAGAGAGCCCGUCGGAAAUCAUCAUCCGAAUGUUUCCAAACGUGUCCUGGGUUUGUGACGUAAGCGUGAAGAUCUUAUUGUAUCCAAAAUACAAACACAAUUUGUGAUGGAUUAAACAUUGAUUAAAAAUACAUUAAUAAUGUAUAAACUUCACCAUUAAUGAAAACCAAAACCAAAACAUAUAUUUAAUUAAAAAAAUCUACAAAAUGGCAAUUUCUUUAAAAAUCUAAUGAUGUUCACUGUUUUGAUGAAAAAAUUACUCUAACCUGUCACAUGCACUUUAAAAAUACCAGAAUAGUUCUACCACUAUAAUUAUCACAUAAUAUAUGUUCAGAUUUAUUCUGUUUGGAUCUUUUAUGCAUUGUCUUCACUAAAACAGGUUCUAAAGCGCUACAGAAGCCAUAUGUGAGGAAAUAGCCCUCACUUCAUAACUGCAGUUCACUCUUUUGACCACUAGAUGGCUCUACAGAACGCACUUUAAGCAGUUUAGGGAGCUGCUGUCAGAAAGGGUCUAUGUCAUAAAUUGAAAACUGGAUAAAUUAUUAGAAGAUUUUGUUUCUAGCAUUUGUUGGAAAAGCAUACAGCAAAACUCUUAAGUAUAUAUGUGUUCUGAAUAAUUGUGUACAUGUACUUUUUGAGUAUUUAAUUUGUACUUAUAUAAAUUAUUUUCUGCUGAAACUGUGACUGCUGUCCUCAUUGUCCCAGACAUGUAAACCACUGAACUAUUGCGUUAAAUUAAAUCAUUUUGUUUGUGAUGCAUAACUUUCUCAUAUUAAUGCCAUUAUUUAUUUAUCAACCAAAUAAGCCUCCAUUUUGAAAGUCAUUCAUUGUCUUUUUUUUAUUGUAAUAUUAGUGACAGUACAAACAAUAAAAGACAUUAGACAUUUUG